AUGGACAAUAGUUGUUGGGGUGCUGAGGUUAUUCAAUUCAACUAUAAUAUGUCUCGUCGGGAUUUAUUUCCUAGAUGCCCGGGUGGUAUCUCUUUUUUCUGGAAAGGGGUGAUCUCUUGUUUGCUGGCCCUACGAUGCUGCAUGCAUCUGGAAUCUAGUGAGGGGCUUCCUUCCUUCCGGUGGAAGCUAACUGGCAAUGGGACGUUUACGGUUAAAUCCUUCUACAACUUUAUGCAGGAUGGUUGCCUCCGUUGCCCGGUGGCAAAGUUCUUCUGGCGUGACGGAUGCCCUAGGAAGAUUCUUCUACUUAAUUGGAUGGUGUGGAAGAACAAAGUUCUGACGUUGGCGAAUCUGGAGAUGCGUCGGUGUAAUAGGUUGCUUACGGCCACGUGCGUGCUCUGUCACUCAAAGAUCGAGAUUGUGGAUCAUCUGUUCCUUCACUGCCUUUUUGUCCGACCUAUUUGGACUUAUUUUACUAAUUUGUUACAUAUCCCGGAUCCCCGGGAGGAGAUGUCCAGUAUUUGGGGUUCGUGGCGUCUUUCUUUCUCUGCAGUUUCUGCUAGUGGGCAGUUGAAGCUGGAGGACUCCAUGUCGAGCGUCCGUCGCAACUUGGAGUUUUUGGGACCCCGUGCAGGGAGACUCUUGUGUCUUUGGCUUUGGAGGAGCAAGAAGAUGGGAAAUAGAAAGGUGGUCUUGUUGAUAACUCUGUUUCUCAACUUCUUUGGUUUCUCUGUUCCCAAGCUUGAUGUCUCUCAAUUCCCUUCCUCUUUCCUCUUUGGGACAGCCACCUCAUCUUAUCAGAUUGAAGGUGCAUAUUUAGAAGAUAACAAAAGUUUGAGCAAUUGGGAUGUGUUCACUCACUUACAAGGAAAAAUUGAAGAUGGAAGUAAUGGUGAUAUUGCUUGUGAUCAUUAUCACAAGUAUAAGGAAGAUAUUGAGUUAAUGCAUUCCCUUGGAGUGAACGCAUAUAGAUUCUCAAUUUCGUGGUCAAGGGUUUUGCCAAGAGGCAGAUUUGGAGGAAUUAACACUUCCGGGAUUGAAUUCUAUAACAAACUUAUUAAUGAACUACUGAUUAGAGGAAUUCAACCAUUUGUGACGUUAAGUCAUUACGACGUUCCACAAGAACUUGAAGAUCAAUAUGGAGCAUGGUUGAAUACUGAAAUACAAGAGGAUUUUGGAUAUUUUGCUGAAGUGUGUUUUGAAACAUUUGGUGAUAGAGUGAAAUAUUGGGUUACCUUCAAUGAACCAAAUGAGGCGGCAAAAUUUGGCUAUGAAUGGGGAGUGUACCCUCCUGCCCUUCAUUCUCAACCAUAUGUUGCUGCUCACAACAUGAUAAUAUCUCAUGCUGUUGCCUUUCACAUUUAUAGAACAAAAUAUCAGGAUAAACAAAGAGGGCUUAUUGGGAUAGUUCUGGCUAUGGUUUGGUAUGAACCAUUAAAAGAAACUGCUGAAGAUUAUUCAUCAGCACAAUCAAUUAUAGAUUUUGAUAUUGGAUGGUUUCUUGACCCUUUGAUCUAUGGUGAUUAUCCAAAUGAAAUGAGAAAACGUUUAGGUCCAAAAUUACCAAAAUUCUCAGCAAAAGACAAAGAAAAAAUGCAACAUGGAUUAGAUUUUAUUGGAAUUAACCACUAUACAAGUCUUUAUGUGAGAAGUUGUGGUAUUUCUCCUUGCAUAGCUGUAGAAAAGGAUGGAAUUCCAAUCGGAAAAAAGACACCUAUGCCAUACUAUUAUGUAGUCCCAGAAGGCAUGGAAAAGAUAGUUACCUAUAUAUCAAAAACGUACAACAAUACACCGAUCUUCAUAACAGAGAAUGGGCUUUCUCAAAAGAGUGAUGAUUUUAGCUCUAUGGGAGAAUUGCUUCAUGACACAGAUAGGAUUGAAUACUUGGAUAGUUACUUAACUUUUCUAACAAGAGCCAUAAGAAAAGGUGCUGAUGUCAGAGGUUAUUUUGUGUGGUCUCUUAUUGACAACUUUGAGUGGAUACAUGGAUACACAAUCAGAUUUGGGCUCUACCAUGUGGACUACAAAACAAAGAAGAGAACUCCCAAAUUGUCUGCCAAAUGGUUCAAGGAUUUACUUAGUGAUCCAAGAUUACAAGAGAAGAUGAGAAAUCAAAAGUCAUUUGACUUUGUUUUUAAAAAUAGAUAGAACUAAGGGUUAAAAAAAAAUUAGGUGUCAUUUGUUGGUCGUUUAUACAUAUUGCUCAGUGAUGUAGAAUUCAAAUUGCAAACCUAAACUUACAACCAAAAUUCAUUACACCAUUGCAUCGAACAGGAGUUGAAUUAGAAUAUUUUGAUAUCAUGUACUAACAUCUUUUAUAGAAGUGCCUAGACUAGGAACCCUUUGA